AUGCAUCGCGCAGCCCUGCGAGCCUUCCGCACAACCUGCCAGACCCGUGUUCGAUCAACCGCCGCCCUCGGCCGGCCCUCGCUACGAAGCCUCCUCUCCUCCACUAUCCGACCGUCGACCGUCCUCUACCCGUCCGGCUCCGCCUCGCUGCACUCAUCCACAGCCGCUGCCGCCGCCGCUCGCCGCCCGCAAACGGCCGCCAGCCUACCCCUACGGUCCUCCAUGUUCUUUCGACGCAUCCCCGCCGCGCUCGUCUCCAGCAUCGUCGUCGGCUACGGCGCCUGGUACUCGUACAACGGAGGCGCCAGCUGGAACCUCGCCAACGCGACCGGCGCGCGAAGCUUAACCUCGACCAGCGGCCAGGCACCGCUGGGCACUGCCACCGGCGCGGCGUCUGCGACCCUGCCCACUAGAACCGUGCUAGUGGUCGGCGCCGACGAGCUCCGACAGGGCACCAUUGUGGGCGAGGAGCCCAUCUAUAAGACGACGAGUGACGGUCGCCGCAUCGUAGAGAUGCUAACCCCUGAGCAAGCCACGGAGAAGCUCCGUAAGACGGAGGAGUCCUUCUCGGUGAACCGCGGCCAGGGCGUCACCCGAUACGACCUUGUGCAGCUGUCUAGCAACGACCCGAUAGAGGACGAUCACGCUGAAAAGAUUGUCGAAAUCAAGGCCUUGUCAACUGAAGCUCAGAGCAACGACUGGAUGUUUUGGGGUGUGUUUGAUGGCCACUCAGGCUGGACGACCUCGGCGACGCUACGGGAAAGCCUUAUCAGCUACGUGGCGCGGGAACUAAAUGAUACGUACAAGACAAGCAAGGAAGGCAUGCCUACCGCUGAUGCCAUUGAUCUCGCCAUCAAGACCGGCUUCACCCAACUCGACAAUGAGAUUGUCCACAAAAGCGUUGAAAAGGUCUUCUCCUCUAGCUCCAAGGCCGUCGCCGCCGAGCUGCUCCAACCGGCCAUGUCGGGCUCAUGCGCCCUGUUAUCCUUUUAUGACGCCGAUAGUCAGCUUCUCCGGGUGGCCGUCACCGGCGACUCGCGUGCCGUCCUCGGCCGUCGCUCCGCGAACGGCAAGUGGACGGCCACCGCGCUUUCGGAGGAUCAGACAGGCGGGAACCCGAGCGAGGCUGCACGCCUGCGCAGCGAACACCCCGGCGAGGACAACGUGGUGCGCAACGGGCGCGUACUCGGCGGGCUCGAACCCACGCGCGCCUUUGGUGACGCCGUGUAUAAGUGGAGCCGCGAGACAACGAUCAAGCUGAAGAAGGGCUUCUUCGCCCGCAGCCAGUCGCCGCUGCUCAAGACGCCGCCAUACGUGACGGCGGAGCCGGUGGUGACGACGACCAAGAUCAGCCCCGAGAAUGGCGACUUCCUAGUGCUGGCCACCGACGGCCUCUGGGAGAUGCUCACUAACGACGAGGUCGUCGGCCUCGUUGGCCAGUGGAUCGAGUCGGAGCAGGCUAGGACAGCCGGCGGCGCCGGCUCGCACUUCGAGGCGGCGUGGGCCAAGGUCUUUGGCGCCUCGAACAAGGCGCUCCCCGUGGAGCAGAGCAAGGCCUUAGGCGAGAACGGUGGCGAUGGCCAGCGCGUGCCUAUCCGCAUGCAGCAGUGGGGGAACGACCCUGAGGCCAAGGGUCGCUUUGUGGUCAAAGACAAGAACGUGGCGACGCAUCUUGUCCGCAACGCGCUGGGCGGCUCCAACGAUGAGCAGGUUCGCGCUCUCUUAACUCUUCCCGCUCCAUUCUCUCGGCGUUAUAGGGACGACUUGACUGUGCAAGUCAUCUUCUUUGGCAAUGGGCCCAGGACGGGUGAAGUUACUGUGAACCACGAAGCGACUGCCAACAACGGAGCUCCCAGGGCUAAGUUGUAA